GCGGCCGGCAGGCGCGCCCGGCGGCGGGCGAGGAGGAGGCCUAGCCCGGUCCCCGCCGCGCCGCGCCGCGCCCUCGCCGCCUCCCGCGCCAGGCGCGCCCUCCCUGCGCAGCCAUGGCCGACCAGCCGCCGCCGCCGGAGCCCCCCGGCGCCCCCGGCCCGGCGGCGGCCCUGCCUGCCCUGGUGCCCGGCCUGCAGGCCAGCGAGGCCAGCGCGCUGCAGCACAAGAUCCGCAGCUCCAUCUGCAAAACCGUACAAUCGAAAGUGGACUGCAUUUUGCAAGAAGUUGAGAAGUUUACAGACUUACAGAAACUCUACCUCUACCUUCAGCUGCCUUCCGGCCCCAGCAAUGGCGAGAGAAGUGAUCAGCUGUCUGUGUCGUCCAGCCGCGCCCAACAAAUGCACGCCUUCUCCUGGAUCCGGAAUACCUUAGAGGAGCAUCUGGAGACUUCCCUCCCCAAGCAGGAGGUGUACGAUGAGUACAAGAGCUAUUGUGACAAUCUUGGCUACCACCCGCUCAGUGCUGCUGACUUUGGGAAGAUCAUGAAGAACGUCUUUCCCAACAUGAAGGCACGCCGCUUGGGCACAAGAGGCAAAUCAAAGUAUUGCUAUAGCGGUCUUCGGAAGAAAGCUUUUGUACAGAUGCCGACGCUCCCCAAUCUUGACUUCCAUAAAACUGGAGAUGGGCUGGAAGGAGCAGAGCCCGCUGGGCACCUGCAGAAGGCAGGCGAGGAGGUGGUGUCGGCUGCCUGCCAACUGGUCUGUGAGUGGGCCCAGAAAGUGCUGAGCCAGCCCUUCGAUUCUGUCUUGGAUCUCGCCCGUUUCCUGGUCAAAAGCCACUAUAUUGGCACCAAAUCCGUGGCAGCUUUGACGGUGAUGGCUGCUGCACCGGCAGGGCUUAAGGGGCUCCCCCAGCCAUCUGCCUUUGUUCCCACUGCUGAGAGCAACUCCUUCCAGCCGCAAGUGAAGACCCUGCCCUCCCCGAUCGACGCCAAGCAGCAGCUGCAGCGCAAGAUCCAGAAGAAGCAGCAGGAGCAGAAGCUGCAGUCGCCGCUGCCCGGAGAGGCCCCCGCCAAGAAGGCCGACAGCGUGGUGGGCAGCAGCAGCGUGGCCAGCCUCUCCAAUGGGAGCCCCGCCAUCCUGUCUCCUCAGCCGAUAGGGAUUGUGGUGGCUGCUGUCCCCAGCCCCAUUACGGUGCCAAGGACCAGGCAGUUGGUGACUUCUCCGAGCCCUGUCAGCGCCUCGGAUGGCAAGGUCCUGCCGCUCAACGUCCAGGUGGUCACACAGCACAUGCAGUCUGUCAAGCAGUCACCAAAGACUCCGCAGAACGUCCCCGCCAGCCCAGUUGGUGACCGCUCUGCCCGUCAUCGGUACCCCCAGAUCCUGCCUAAGCCAGCCAACACCAGCGCGCUCACCAUCCGAUCGCCCACGACCGUGCUCUUCACCAGCAGCCCCAUCAAGACGGUGGUUCCUGCUCAGCACAUGAACGUGGUGAAAAUGACAGCCAUCUCUCUUGCCCCAAGUGGCGCCAGCAGCGCCUCGAUCAAGCACACGGCUUCCGUGGUUGGCAGCGCAGGAGGGGCAGAAGAGCUGAGGAGCGUCCCACAGAUCAAGAGCGGGUCUGUUGUGUCGCUUCAGUCUCCGGUUGCCAGGGCCGGUGGCGGAGGCUCCACUGCCGCCACCACUUCAGUUGAAGUCAAGAUGGAGCCGGAAGCCGCGUUGGAUGACCACCCGCCGCGGGGCCAAGAGCAUCCGGACUCCGCGAAGGCUGAGAAGGGAGUCCCAAACGUGCCUGCCACUCAGCCAAGGAGGGCCGCAGCAGAGCCUCCCCCGAAAGCUGUGAGUGAGGAGAGCGUCGGAGAAGCACCGUCUAUCCUGGGUUGUGACCAGAGGGUGGAAGAGGCAGGGCAGAAAAGCCUUGCCCAGGCGGCAGAAUCCCGCCUGGCUCCUUCCUCUGCUGGGAGCGCCAGCAUCCAGGCUCCCUUGGCUGCUGCAUCUCAGACCUGCUCUAGCACGGGCGUCAACCCCUCUCCUGACGGCGACAAGCUGUCCUCCCAAAGCCCCCGGAAGAGGGUGGCACCUCCUUUCCCAGAGUCACAGCUGCCACCUGCCAAGAAACAGUUGGUGGGGGAGGUCCCUGCAGUGGGCCCAGAAGCCGCCGCCGCCUCCCAAGGGAGCAGUGCUAAGCAAGUGCAGCGGGGAGUGCCUCAGCCCCUGAGCGACAGCCCUGCAGCUCUCGGGCAGGUCCCCGGGAAGGUCCCCAUCCAGGUCAGUUCUGCGGCAGAGCCCAGCAGCCUGGCCGCAGACGUCCCCUUGGAGGCCGACGUCACCGUCAUGGCCAACGAACUUGCUCUGGCGCAGCAGCUGGCAGCCUCGUCGCCAGACAUCAAAGUGAAGUUGGAAGGCAACGUGUUGAUCCUGGAGAAGAGCGCUCAGCCUGAGGGCGGCUUCAGUGCCGACGUGUGGCAGCAACUUGUUAAAAAUGCGGACUUUGCCCCUGUGGCCUGCGAGCAGCAGGAGGAGGAGGAGGAGGAGGAGGAGGAUCUCAGCGUCCUGGCGCUUGCCAGCCACUCUGGUGUGGAGGACUUGGAGAAGUCUGCCUGGGAACCGGUGUCCUUCGGGGGGCUGCCCCAGGCAGCCUACGGCCAGCAACUGCAAAGCCAGGCGCAGGAGGAGUCCAUGGAGCAGCUGCAAGCGCGGCCUUCGAGCCAGUUGCCUCUGCAGCCGGAGCUCAGGGUGCUGGAGGACCCAGCCGCUCAGUCCAGCGAGAGCUUCUUCUCCUUCGACGAUGACCUCACGCAGGACAGCAUUGUGGAGGAGUUGGUGCUGAUGGAGGAGCAGAUGUCCCUGAACAGCUCUCACCCCUACGGCACUUGUCUCGGGAUGGCCCUUCAAAAUCCGAGCGUGGCUCAGGGGGCUGCCCUGCCUUCGCACCCGAGCAGCACCCACUUCUACCACGCCCUCCAUAACAGUGGCACUCCCGUUCACACCCCCACUCCCACCCCCACCCCCACCCCUACAUCAGAAAUUAUCGCGGGGUCCCAGGGCGUCUCGAGGGAGAGUCCCUGCUCCCGCAUGGCUCAGACGACGCCCGUCGACAGCGCUCUAGGAAGCAGCCGGCACACGCCCAUUGGCACCCCCCACUCCAAUUGCAGCAGCAGCGUCCCCCCCAGCCCCGUGGAGUGCAGGAACCCCUUCGCCUUUACACCCAUCAGCUCCAGCAUGGCCUACCACGACGCCAGCAUCGUUUCCAGCAGCCCUGUAAAGCCCAUGCAGCGGCCCAUGGCAACCCACCCCGAUAAAACCAAACUGGAAUGGAUGAACGCUGGCUAUGGGGGAGUCAGCAACCCCGCCGUUUCGAGCCACGGCAUCCUCCCAAGCUACCAAGAGCUGGUGGAAGACCGUUUCAGGAAGCCUCAUGCCUUUGCCGUCCCCGGCCAGUCCUACCAGGCUCAGUCCCGGCACCACGACGCCCACUUGGGCCGCGUGACCCCCGUCUCCCCCAUCGGCAGCACCAAGCAAGAGGGCUUUGCCGUCCCUGCUCCUCUUGAUGGCAAAGGAACCGGCUCCUCUCACAACAGUGGUUUCCGAUGCCGGAGUGUGAGUCCCGCUGUCCAUCGCCAGCGCAACCUUAGCGGAAGCACCGUGUGCCCCGUUGCCAACGUGCCGCGCUCCAGUGUGGCCCCUUUUGGCAGCCCUGUCGCCCCAGAGGUCCACACCACCUUUGCAAACGUCCCUGCGGACGCCACGAGUGCCAAUACCCUGGCCCAGAGGAGUCAGUCGGUCCCCUUGACUGUGAUGAUGCAGACGGCUUUCCCGCCACUUCAGAAACAAACGAAUUCUAAAAAGAUGAUCAACGUCUUGCUCAACAAACUUGACUCGGAGAAUGAUGACGCAGUGAGGGGCCUGGGAAUGAAUAAUAUGCCUUCCAACUACACAGCAAGGAUGAAUCUGACGCAGAUUUUGGAAACAUCUGCUGGUUUUCCGAGUGCCAACCCCCCGACCCUGCUCAACGCCAGCCCGUCUGUCUUUGAGUUCCAGGCGCCGAGUUACCUCACCAAAAGCAGCAGCAGCAGCAGCAGCGCGGAUCCGAUGGCGUUCCCUUCUGGAGAGACCCAAGCACAACCGGAGAGCGCGGAGGAGCCCCCCCUGGACUUCAGCAGCACCGUCAAAGACCUCUUGGGGGAGGACGGCCUGCAAACCAACCAGCAGCUGGUGAGCCAGGUGGCGACAGACCUCAGCAACGUGGCCACCGUCUUUUCCAGCGACAUCAGGUUGACUUCUGAGCUCUCGGGCAGCAUUAACGAUUUGAACACUUUGGACACCAACCUGCUGUUUGACCCCGGUCAUCAGCAGGGUCAGGAUGACGAAGCGACACUGGAAGAGUUAAAGAACGACCCCUUGUUCCAGCAGAUCUGCAAUGAAUCAAUUAACUCGAUUACUUCGGCAGGUUUUGAUUGGAUGGAGACCAAGGACCACCCUGCGGUGGAGAUGUUGGGUUAACUCUUUACAAAAUGUAUGUAGCACACUGUACCUAAAGACAGGCGCCUUGUAUUUCUCUUAACGGAAGUGCCUGCUGCAGUAGAAACAUUUACAAUUAAUUUGUUGUGGCAUUUUUUAAAAAAAACCCUUGCUAUACCAGCUGCUUUAUUCUUCAGCAGGGAAUCUAGUUGUGUCAAUUUUAAAGACAUUUCUGAAGGAGAUGGCCUAUUCAGAAACCAGUAUUAGAUUUUAAAUUUUAUUAGCAUUCCUUGCUAUGGCAAAAGAGAGAACGAUUCCUAAAUAAAUAGCCUUCAAGGUCAGCCACAGUGUAGCAAGCCUAAAUUAGCCAAGAAGAGGCAGGACCCGCCAGGCGCUGCUGCUUGCCCUGGGCCCUCCGUUUCAGUCACCCUCGGCCUUUCCGAGCAAGCCCCCACCCACCCACCCCACUCCCCAGCCCAUCGACUCAGGUGCCUCUUCAGGCCUUUAGCAUGUACUGGCCUUCUCCGGACGCUGGAGGGGCAGACCUGGGGGCCCAGGCAGAGCAGGUUUCACCAAGGAAACAAAGCGGGAAGCAUUUCCUGGUGGGAAAGAGCGCUCGCUCCCCAUGGGGGCCUUCAAAUUCCUGCUUCUGGAAGACCUUGUGGGCUCUCUGUGGUCUGCUCUGUCUUGAGUUCUUUUAGAGAAGUUGUGCGUGCAUAUCGCUGCACGGAGAGGUGUGGCACCUGCUUCUCCUGGGGCAAGGGCAGAACUGCUGCGAGGGAGUUUGGCUACGAGAGGUGAACCUGCUGCCGCUACGGUUUAACUUUCCAAAUAAGGGCUAAAGGGGUGGCGGGAGCAGUAGCAGGACCAGCGAAGGGCGGAGGAACAGCCUUAGUGGAAAAAAGGCAAAGGGGAUUGCAGAGGAAGCUUUUUUAGCUCUUCAUGUGUACACAGGCGCAUCUCAAAAAUAUUUUUAGGCUUUUAAAUGUUUGGUUUUAAUACCCUGGUGCAAAAAAUUGAUGGUGAGCCCCAGAGACGUAAGAAUCCGCACUCCCUUCCAUGCAUGUCUGUUCCGGAGUGGCGGGCAGGUUUUUAUUUUAUGAUGGGAUGCGGAGUGCUCGGAAAGGAAGGCGAAAGUCUCCCUUGGAGAGUCGGAAGCUGCCUGGUGCUUUGCAGACGCGGCAGAAGACGAACUCGGGCGUGGUGGGCGAGGGUCCUCUCUUCGACAGCCCUUGUGGAAAUGGGUGGGUGGUUUGUGUAGGAGAGGUUCCCAAGGGGUCCUGCCCUGUGCCUUUAUCAGGGAAGGGGAGAGUUAAAGAGCAGCAGCGAACCCUUUGUGGCCUUACUUGUGCCAAGAUCUGCAUACCGAACUCUGCACACGCACACUGGCUCCAACCCUGGCUUUGGUGAGACAGGCGAGGAGGCUGGGGACUGGGGCAGCCAGUGGCCUGGCAGCACUGCUUCCUCUUUGGCAAGGGCUCGCCUGUUUUCAUCUGCAACCCUGAGAAAACGGGGCCAGCGCCUUCCACAGCCAACUGCGUGCCUCUUCGUCUCUUCAGGGGCUGCCGCUGGUUAGCAUGCUGGCUUGCUAGGCUUUGGAAAUGGGGGGCUCCAGAGCAGUAGGGGUGUGAGGGGGGGGGCGGCUUCUGGGGAGCAUCUCUCUCUCGCUAGGCAAUGGGCCAGACCCCUGCUUGCACACUCUCUCCAGGCCUCAGGAUGCUAAGCACUUGCAUCAAGGCUCUCGGGCAGCUUGUUUGAGGUUGCCAGCAGCUGACUCCAUGAUGCCGGGCCGUAAUCCGCUCCACCGAGCUUAGAGAAGGGGGUGGAGAGAGACGAGGCCCGGGGGAGCGGGUGGUGGGGAUGUGUAGAGAAGGCAGGCGACCUUGAGGAGAGGAGGAGAUGGGGUGCGGAAGCUGGUGCUGCUCCCUUUUGCAGCAGCUGUUCUCCUGAGCAUGCCUAAGUGGGUCAGGCAGGGGAAGACCCUCCCCCCCUCAGCAGGAGCCGGCCGCAGCGGCCCUUGUCUGCUUUCUGGGAUGAGGCUUGGGGGUGAGCAUUCCCAUCCUUUUCCAAAGCGGACCCUGCAGGGGAGCAGUGCCUAGGUUCUCCCCCCUAAGAGUGCCUUUCCCUGGCAGAGAUGGGGGGGCCUCUGCCAAGCAGCCUCCGUUUGAGCAUACGGGACUCCCCCAGGGGGUCAGCUUCCUGGGCCGGGGGAUGGGCAGAGCACCCACCACUGAAGAUGGGGCAGACCUCAUGCUGGAGGGCCGUUUCUUCCAUGGGAAGUCUGUCCAACCAGUCACUGCCAAAUCCAGAGCUUAGGGAGUGGGGGGCAUACCCUCUCCGCUGCCGGGAGGCACAGGCAGAGUUUGAUUCUGUGACCGGAAAUGGUCUGUGACGUGGCCCCUGGCCCAGGUUGGCUCCCACGCUUCUGAAAUGCCCGUUGGUUCCUUUUGGCCUAAGCUGGCCGCUGCUCUUCGGUUAAUUAGCAGGCCGCCAUGAUAAUUGCAAGCAGGUUGGAUGAACUGUUUUCUUUGGGGGUGUUAAUACUGUUUCCAUGCAAACUUUUUGGUGCUAGGGCAGCAUUCGGGGCGCUGGGGUCUGGCUUGCAGCAAGCAGCUUGGUGGGCCCACUUCUGGCAUGAAGCAAGGCCCAGUGGAGACAGCUGGAGUGCUGGGAGCCCCGGAGCUCAGCGGGCUCCCCAGAGAGCAGGCAGGGCCAGCCCUGUUUACCUUCUCGGGGUAAAAUUGGAAGCAGCUUUUUGUGGCUGAAUUUGUACAGUAUUUUGAACUUGGCAGGCAAGCCCCCUGGCCUGGGAGAGGGGUUGACCCUUCCGUUGAACUGUGGUAGGCACGUUCCUUAGGAUAAAUGCAACCAAUCUGGCCCGCCCAUGAAAGAGAAAACAAGGAAACAAAUGACUACAGAAAACUUUUUAAUGUGUUUUCAUUAUAAAAGGCAAAAUGUCAUCCAAAUGACAGGUAAAAUUUGUCUUAUGUAGCAAUUGUGCAUUGAUCUCAAUGAGAUAUUUCUAUUUCUUGUUCUCUUACCUGAGAAUAUUACAGCAGGAAAAAAAGAUGUUUUGUUUGCCUCACCGUGUUAAUACUGGAUCACCCCGCCGUGCAUGAGCGUUCUUUGACUUACCUUGUACAGUGCUAGGUAGACUUCUGUAACCACUGCUCUCUCUCUCUCUCUCUCUCUGGCGCUGUAUUGGAAACUGGUUCUGCGUUAACCAGGCAAGCAUAGCUGAAUCACCAGUUAGUUACAUUUUUUACGUUGACUAAUUCUGCUUAGUUAUUGUUAAAUAUGUUCUUUUUCUCUCUAUUUUUAUUGCGCUGGUGUUGGGAAAAAAAACAAACACUUUUGGCAUUGUUUGUUCAUGAUGGGAAUUCAUGAAGUAAAGCAUUUGCAGAUACUUGCAGUAAAAGCACUGACUGUUGAACCGAAAAGAAGGAAGUUGUGCCGUUGAAGUUGGUAUCACGUCUUGUACACUCUGACCCUGUGCUUUCUAUAAGGAAAGGAAAAAGUGACCCCCCCCCCUUCAUUGAGUGCACAGUCUGGCUCUCCCCCAAACCCUGCUCCCCUACACUCCCCAGUGUUAUGUUGUCUGUUGUACUGCUGAAAUGACAGUCGUUGGGUAUUGCAGUAGAAUUUCAGUUAAUUUUUUAUUGAAAGUGCUCCAAAUUUGUUUUUUAAUGUUUUCAUAAACAAUAAAUCAUUUUAUAUUAAGCUGGACCCCGUGGGCCCUUUCUUAAGCAUACAAGAAUAUUGAGAAACUGCUGGGGUGGUGGUGGGGCGGGGCGGUCCUCCUAGUUCGAUCAAGCACAAGAUGCAGGAGGGCCUGUGCCUUGCCGCAGCGGGGACACGCUCAGUGGAGGAGGGGGCUCUUGCCAGGUGGGGGGCUUG